CAGGCACUCCCCAGCCAAUCACGCAACCAUUACUAUAAAACAAGGAACACUGACUGACACACAGCAGCAUAUGAUCUGUACGAUCAACAGCAUCUCAAGGCAACAAAGACAGCUGCAAGCAAAAGAGAAAACCUACUUAGUGCAUACUUUCUGAAAGAUCUCCAAAAAAGGAAACAUUGGUUAAUGGUCGAGAUGAAGUGCGCUUUCAGGAUAUUACUGUUAACAUGUGCUCUGUGGUCAACUGACGCGACCUACCAACGUUCGCCUAUUAGGCAUACGGGAAUUUCCGAUGAUCUUACACAGCAUAAAGGGAGGGCUGAUGAGUGCUGGUCUGAUGAAAGUAAAUUUGAAGUGUCAGUAACAGUGAAUGGACGGAUGUGUGCGCACUGGAAUCGCAUCCCAAGCAAACACCCAAUUCCUUCCCUUAAACGCUGCAAUCAUAACUACUGCAGAAAUCCAGAUAACAGCACUAAGCCAUGGUGUAUGGUAAGGAAAAGAUAUCGAUGGGAACGUGAAUAUUGUGACAUUCCCAAAGAAACAAAACCGACCAUACGCCCAUCAAAACCGGACCCACCACAGGACACAGAAUUAACAUGUGGCGAGCGAAACGUGCCCCGUAUGUCAAAGAUAGUUGGAGGGUUAAGGACAAGCAUUGAGUCUCAGCCUUGGAUUGCAGCUAUUUUCAUUGGACAAGGAUUUUUAUGUGGAGGAGCUCUCAUUGCUCCAUGUUGGGUGCUCACUGCAGCCCACUGUUUCCCUAAAGGUAAAAGAACAAAAAUAAACAAAUAUUCUGUCUACUUGGGAAAGAACUCCAUCAAUGAAACCGACUCAAAAGAGCAAAAGUUCAGUGUGAGCAAACUUGUGCUCCAUUCUGACUUCGACUACACAACUGAAAACUACAACAAUGACAUCGCUCUGCUGCAGAUAGUGAACAGCGAUGGAAAAUGUGCCGCAAAGACAAGUUCUGUGAGGACCGCGUGCCUUCCUCCAUUCCAACAAAUGGUUCCUUCAGGAUUCUACUGUGAGAUUGCUGGCUAUGGAAGAUAUAAGAGAGGUGGCCAUGAUUACUCACGGCAUCUGAAAACAGCUAAGGUGAAGCUUGUUUCCCAGAACGUUUGCGAGAAUGAAUAUUACAGCAAGGAUGAAGUGAGCAAUAACAUGUUUUGUGCAGCUGGCAGAAAUUGGGAGGACGAUGCUUGCCAGGGUGACUCUGGAGGGCCCUUGGUGUGUGAAAUGGGUAACACAAUGUUCCUAUUCGGUAUCAUCAGCUGGGGAAAAGAUUGUGCAAAAAAGUCUAACCCUGGUGUUUACACAAAAGUCACCAACUAUAACAAAUGGAUCUCAGAGCAUACUGAUUUACCUUCAUAUACAAAAGGUUCUAGGUAUCCACAGAAAUAUUAACUUUGAGGCUUGAGAACAUCAGUAAUGUCUCUCAAAUUUUUUCUUAGCUCUUUAGGUUAAACGUGCUUCAGGCGGUGCAAAAUAAAUGUGCCAGUAAUUUCUGUUACUCAGGUGAAACGGCAGCUACUUUUUUUCCAAUUAUAGGAAUCAUCAUAUAGGAGUUUUGUCAUUAUAUGUUAUGUUAUAUGAACUGAUAAAAAUGAAUGAAGGAUAUGCUUAAUGAGAUUAUUUAUUUAAGCUCAGGUUGUAAAUCAUAUUUAUAUUUAUUUUAAAUCAUUUUUUUUACCUUUCCAAAGAAGUUUAUCUGUAAUAACAUGGAUACAGAUCGUGCUUGUGGUAAUAAUGCUGUAUAAGUAAUCUGAUAAUUAUAUAAAAAUAAUAUUAUAAUGAAUCAUGGACUGUGUCCUAUGAGCUAUUUGAUAUGUACUAUUUAAUUUAUUGCAAGCAUUUCGAGUAUGUAUGUUAAAUAUAUUUAUUUUUUUAAAUAUUAUUGUAAAACAGAUUUAUACUGCAUUUACCUAUCAGGGAUUUCAAUUUUAUUUAAAU